CCCACUCCGCGGCACAUGGACAUCACCUUGCGCUUGAGUCUGCCCCGCGCCGUCGCUGCCUGUGUUUUGGGCGUGAAGGGUGCGACGAAACGUGAGCUGGAGAACCUCACGGGUGUCUUCGCUGAAGUGAAGCUGGAGGAUGGCAGCCUGCAGCUUUCUGGCAGCACGGCCCAGGUAGAAGCGGCUCAGCAGCUUUUGACUGAGAGGGUCCACUUUCAGCAAUUCGAGGUGCCCCGGGACGCAGCCAGAGCCAUCUUGGGUGAGCGCGGCUCAGUGCGGCACGAGAUCGAAGCGACCACCGGUGCACACCUGUGGGUGGAACUCCGCGAGCAGACGGCCCUCGUCCAGGUGGCGGGCAACGUAUCAGCUGUGGAGCGAGCUAUCACGACUUUGGAUUUCAAAGUGGUCCAAGACUGCCUUCUGCAGCCGCUCUUCGCCGAGCGUUGGCUCCGCCAGGUGGCGCGGCGCUUGCGCGAGCUGCUGGCAGCGGAGGGGAAGUCCUCGCAGUGUCGCAUCUCGGUGGAACGCAUGGAGGAUCGGGUUGAGAUGAAGCUCAUCGGCCACCGUGAAGUGGUCGCCACUGCCAAAGUCUUGGCUCAGGACGAAGUGGUCAUCGAAGAGGUUCCACUAAGCAAGGCUGAUGCCUUGCGCUUGCUCCAGGCCUCGCAGCUGAAGGCGUUGCGGCAGAUGACGGGCGCCACGAUUGAGGUCUCAGUGGUGCCAAGUGUUCUGCGCUUGGCAGGGAAUCGGGGAAUGUUGGAGAUCAUUAAGAAGGAGUUAGGCAAGGCCGUAACGCCGGUGAUUGCAGCUGAUGCGAUCCAAGCCACGUCGAAGCCACCGGAGAUGGUGCCCAAUCCGCUUCCUGUGAAGCCGGCGAACGCGGUGCCCGAAGAGAAGCCGAGGAUCCUCAUUGAUGGCAUGGACGUGCUGCACUUCUGCAACACGCCUUCCGCGCCCUCCGCACCCGCUGCGGCCUGGGAUCAGCUGCGUGCCGCGGCGGAGCAGCUCCGCGCAGGCGAUGGGGCGCUGCGGAUCUUUCUGCCAGAGAAACUGCUCACCGAAGCACCGGCCGAUCUUCAGACAUGUUUGGUGAAGGCCGAGGAUCCGAAGUCCUACAUUCUCAGCGCAGCAGAAGUUCUCAUCCAGUCAGGCAAGAAGUGCUUGAUCGUCAGCAAUGGAACUGGAGCCUCAUACAAUCAGGAGUGGGUCUCGAAGUGUUUAAUGCGAUACACCUUUCUGGAUGCCAAGACCUUUGUUCCUGUGAGGAAAACAUCUCCCGCAGCUGACAAAGCCGCGAGUUUCGUUCACAAGCGUUCCAUGUUUGUUGGUGGAGUCGUUGAGAAGAAGGAGCGCUGUGUGGAAUGCACCAGACCUAUUUGGGAUGGACAUCCCUCCAUGAAGUGCGGCAAGUGCCGGGGUACGCUCCAAGACACAACAAGUGAAGCGCGGCCGUCAGAUGUCGCAAAGCGAAUGAUCCUCUCUUUGACCGGCAUCCCUGUGCCAAAAGCCCCAGGAGUGACUCCCCCAGCAGGUGGGCGAGAGGCGUCACCGAAGAAGGGCUUGGUCAGGAAAGAAAAGAAGGAGAAGGAGAAGAAGGAAAAGAAAGACAAAGAGAAAAAGAAGAAAAAGGAGAAGAAGGAGAAGAAGAACAAGAAGGACGACUCCAGCAGCUAGAAGAAGGAGAAGAAGGUAAAGAAGAAGAAGAGCAAGAAGGCCGACUCCAGCAGCCAGUAGUAGUUGUUUCAUUUGUCAGCACUGACUGGUUCUCCUUGCCUUCAAGACAGCUACUUGCGAUGUGCCGACCUGCUGCAUUGUGCGCCGUCGAAUGGGUCACGACAUGACCUUCAUUAACACCUCGGAAUCUGGGCUUAUUGGCUUGUAACUGUCGCCUCAGUCACGGAGUUGCUGACAGUUUGCUCAUGCUCCGCUGAAGAUCCCCUGCCAGGCUUCAGCUGAUUGCAGCGGUCAAAGGUUUGGCGUUUUCCGAACAGCACAGUGCCUUGAUAAAGAGGUGUGAAGAGCGUGCAGUCAGCCUGUAGGAACUUGAGCCCGAG